GAAAAGCUUGUCCAAUUUACCCAUGUUGUUGUUGACAAUAAGUUAAGAGGACAUUUUAUUUUCGCAGUUUACCCAUGUUGUUGUUGUUAGUGAGUUCAUUUCAGGACACUUUCGUUUCUUAUUUGAAAAGAGGACGUGAUGGACCUCGCGCGCUAUAGUUCCAUGGUGAAUACUGCGCGCCCUUUAGACAUAGUUUUCUCUGGCGCGUGGUCAUUCCGAUGUUUUGGUGGAUGUCCAGCGGGCAGCCCCCAGCACGUGACAUGUGGUCCCCAAAGCUCGUAUUUAAACCGGACACGGCAACUAUUUUCGGUCAGACUUCAGAAACAGGCACAAACUGUCAGAGCCGACACAACUGACGAUUACGGUCCAACACUACUCCGGCGCGGCAUGGAAAGCCCGCGUAACGGGAGCGCAGCUGACGCACCUCUUCUCCACGCCACGCCGCUCACGCGCGCGUCCUCCUCACCAGUUGACACGGAGGGCAGCGCGCGACUCUACAUCAUCAUCCUCAUCUCGUUCUAUGGGGUGUUUCUGAUCGCCAUCAUGAUCGGAUACCUGCGCUCCAAACAGCGCGAGAAGAGGAGGACCAACGUAUUCACGCGCCUGCUGCAUGAGGAGGAGCAGCGAGAGUGGGGCGCGAGCCUGAAGAAGCACAGCUGCGCGAGCCUCGUCUUCCCACCUUUCUCGAACCUGCGACCCGCGCACGUUCCGCUGCCUGCCGGCCUCGAGAGCAAAGUGCUGUCGCCCCUCGCGUGCGGGCUGUGUGCGGUGGAGCAGAGCAGCGUCAGCUCACUCUGCUCGUCCGCGGACGCGCGCCUGGCGAUUGAGGAGGAGGGGGACAGCGGCACGGGCGAGGGUCUCGAGGACCCGGGGAAGGGAAGCUCCGACAACAGCGACGGAUCGGCGGAGAACCUCAAAGAGUCCUUGUGAUUCAAAGAGACAUUCGAACGAGGACACUCGUGUUCUGCUCUCCGCACGAGGACACCGUGUCCCCGGGAAGGAGAUACUCGCGAUGACGCACACCCCCCGCGGACACAGAGGCCUGCGCACGGCACCUGGAACCCACUUGAAGUGUUUGAUUUGUGUUUUGUGUUCCUUCAGACGCGGCACGCACACACACAGCACAUGGCGCACAGCAUCGUUUACGGACAGUGGAUGGACUUGCUUAUUGUACACGCUGUCUUUUACUGUAUAUAUUGUAUAUGCCUGGAUAUCAUGUAGCAACUGAAUAAUUCAAAAAAAAUAAAACAGUA